AUGGUCGUUUCGUCUACGGGACUGCAUCAUGAAAUAGAUUUCUGUAUACAAGAAAUGGAACGCUUGAAGGUUACAGAACUAAAGUCUGUCUCCAGGUCUAUCGGAUUAUCUCUUAGCGGAAGAAAAGCAGAUCUGCAGGACCGACUGCGAGCAUAUCUUAAAAACUCGUGUCGAGUUGGCGCAAUCGAUCCCUGGCGUCCCAAAGCCAUUUUACUACUCAUCGAGAAAGCUCGUCAAAACGACCCUCUUCCGACGUAUGAGACCGUGUGGGAGGAACUCAGAUCUGGCAUCCCUCAACAUCAUCCGGUGGCAACGGGACACUUGCCUCCGAGCUCUUUAGGAGUAACAGGGCAGGAUCAUCAAGGCGCUUUAACAAUGCAAAGUCCUAAGACUCGUUUGGCACUCCAAUUCAGUGAAUCGCCCUUCUACAAGCUGAAAAGACUGCUUAAUGGAUCUCCAAAAUUUGCGUCAAAGAAUACAGGAAGGGGCGUUUGCUCCUAUAAGUUUUCUAUGACUCUGGAUGAACUAGCCAUUUUACGAAAGGGCCCUCAAUUUAAGCUCUAUAUGUUUUGUGGGGUACUCGAUCCUCUGGAACGUCGAGGUGACGCACCUAUUCAAUUUCCGCAUCCUAACGAUAUACGACUUAACAACGAAACUGUGAAGGACAACGUACGUGGUUUGAAGAAUAGACUGGGAACUGCUAAACCAGCAGACUUGACACCAUACCUCAAGCCUGGGUCUGCGGAAAAUCAUCUGCAACUUACAUAUGCAUUCACCAAAGAGGACCACCUGGUGUAUUGUUAUCUCGUCGAAGUGAUACCGCCGCCCAAAAUUUUGGAAGAGGUUUUACGCCAUCCAAAGAUUGUAAAACCAGCAACAUUACAGUACUUAAAGGAAUCACUAAGUGAAGACGAAGAUGAAGAUUUAGUCACAACUUCUACUGUCAUGACUCUUCAGUGCCCUAUAUCCUACUGCCGCAUGCGAUAUCCUUCAAAAUCGGUGCAUUGCAGACAUUUGCAAUGUUUCGACGCUCUUUGGUUCAUCGAAUCCCAGCAGCAAAUUCCUACGUGGCAUUGCCCUGUGUGCCAAAAGGCUCUAAAAGUAGAGGACCUGGCGGUGUGUGAGUUUGUGGAGGAGAUCAUAAAAAAGUGCGACGAGGACGUUGAGCAGGUCGAGAUCUCGAGGGAUGGUAGUUGGAAGCCGAUAUUUGAGGAUGAAACGCCAGCUCCGCGCGAGCAAAACAAAAUACAAGUAAAGUCUGAAAACGGUCAAAGUUUGAAUUCUGCUCUAGAACAAACAUCAGAUGAAAGUGAAGGCGGCCAAAAUACGGGUUCGCGAGACAAGUCGCAACAGAAUGAUCCUGUGGUCAUAUCAUUGGACAGUGACGAUGAAAGCAUGGGAUCGCCCGACCCUGCGGUACCGCGGGCCCCAGCUCCUGUAUCACAUUCCUCAUCCAAUAAGGAUGCACCUCAGGUGCCUAGUGAACGAGAAAAGACGGGAGACAGGUCAAAGAUCUCUGUUGAGCGAGAUAAUACUUUGGGUAAUAUUUAUGGUACCUACAUGGAUUCUCAUGCAGAACCACAAAGGAGUUUAGAUCCCAGGCGUGUGAACUCAACACCUUCAACGGAUCGCAACACCGAUACGGCUGACUCACCGGGUCACGAUAGAACCCCAAGCAGCUCUAGUUUCAUUAAUCGACAGCACCCAGUUCCAAACAUUUUGGGGAAGACUCCUCUUAAUAACAACAGUGGGGCAAGAAAAGAGAUUCAGACCGGUAACGGCGAUGAUACUCAAAGUGAUGAUAGUAGAUCACCUAGUCCGGCUGGCAACGCUCAAUCGCGCCAUCAGAGAUCACAACGCGAAUUGGGUGACUUGAAUCUUCCUUUACUUAAUUGCCCUCCUCACAAUGCCAAUAUUGAUACUAGCCGAUUGCCAGACAGUGACCGUAGCGGGGGUUCAAAUUCACACGAGUCUAUCUCUUUAGCUCCGUAUAGACCCUCCACCUCUGUCAAUAAUACUCUCCCGCCAAUUAGGUUAGAUCGUAGAAAUCAAAGGGAUGACAACAAUCUAUUGGGCUUGGGAGGUGAUUCAAAUCAGAUCGCGCUACAGCAAGACGCCACAAAGCAUUAUACGAUUCCCCAGAAUUUACCACCAGUUGACAAUGAGAACUCUGUGAAUGGCUUUCGUCGCCACAGCACUGCUUGGCAAGGUGCUGGAAAUGAUAACGAACUUAAUGCCGUCGCCAAGCAGGUCAGCUCGCCCGCAAUACUCAAUACGAUUUCAACUCAACAUCAGGUCCCAAUGCCCGCACCAGUAAAUGGCCAUAGCACGGGAGCAAGAAACCCGGAAACGCAACUACCAUUACCACCUCCGUUGCCGCCUAUUCCUCAAUCGUUCAACAGAGUCACUACAGCCAUAAAAGAAACUGAGAUUCCCAGUACCCGCUACAGGAAGCCAAUGGUUUCCCCAUUCAUACCAAAAAAGACUUACGUCAAUAUGCUUCCUCAAAAGCGUCAAGUCUCAACUGAUUCGGUAAACAAGGUCAAUGGCAAAGGACCCAAUACCCAGUCUGGUCAAACAUCAAAUACUGAUGAAUCACUAACUCCCGUCUCACCGCCGCCACCUACUCUGGCAAACUCAGAAGCCAAUGAAUUGGAUUUUAUUGAUUUGACUUCAGAUGAAUAA